UAGUGAUGACAGUAGUGGUGGCAGUGGUAGCAGUAGUGGUGGCAGUAACACAUGACUGGCCCGGGUUUGUUUAUCAACAGGGUGCCAGAAGAGGUUUAUGACCCGGCCGGGUUUUUACGUCGAGGGAGAACCAGCAACACCUACCUGGCCUUCUGCAGUGUGCGGCGGGACGAUAGAUACCAGUCAGCACCACACAGGAGUCCUCACGUCGCCUGGCUACCCUGACCACUACCCCGAGGACACCACCUGCGUUUGGUCCAUCAAGACGCCACACAACGAGAAGAUCGAGCUACAGUUCUGGGACUUCGACGUGACGGGGUCUGAGGGCUGCUCCGGCGACUAUGUGAGUGUGGCUGCCAGUGUCUCCGGGGAGGAAGAGCGGUACUGCGGCUCCCAUAGUCCUGGCACCAUCACCUCGGAGGGCGACACACUCAUCCUCACUUUCGCCUCUAACGCCAAGGGCUCCUGCAGGGGGUUCAACGUCACCUACUAUGUCAGGGAAGAGACGCUAUCGUGCGGAUCGACCACUAAAGCGCUGGAGUUCACCUUCGUAUCACCGUCCUACCCCGCGACCGUAGGCAACGACUCCCUCGAGUGUUCUGUCACCAUCGACCACAGCUGCGAGUCCCCUAUAUGUCAGCUCAGGUUGGACUUCGACGAGUUCCAGCUACAGCCGCCGUACUGGGGCGAGUGCAAAUACGACCGCUUCUACUCCCAGAGUGCCGUGCCUCUCCCCUUCCUCUGUGGCAUCAACAACGGCUCCCACAUGUACGUGAACGUGGAAGGUCGCAGCAAGACGGAGCUGACGUUCAUGUUGCAGCAGCUGGAGUAUUACCUCUACCACUGCUACGACAUCUACGACGCCACCACCUCACACACCCACCAGGAGGGUGACGCCGCCGAUGCCCCACAACCACACCUACGUCGGAGGAGUCGCAGGUCCCCCGCUCAUCACCACGACCUUCAGGCCGCCCAAAGAAGAGAUGGGGAGAUCAUCACAGAGGGUGAGGAACUACCCCUUCCCAGACAGGAUUCCAGCUCAACCUUCACCUCACAGACAUCGGAGAGCACCACCACCACCACCACUACCACCACCACCACUCCCACCACCCCUGUCCCCACCACCACUGAGAAGGACGCCACCGUGGCCCUCUACAACUACGAUGAGGCAAACAUUCUGAGCUUCCCCACCAGGAGGGCGUGGAGCGUCCGCGUCACCCAGAUCCCCUGUGACUGUCCCAAGUCCCGAGUCCCUAAAGCGCCAGUGGGUUGCCUCCAGUACUACCAGGGUCUGACGGGGAACUUCAAGAGCUUCAACUUCGAUGGUGUCGGCUGUUACUCUGAGGACCGCUGGUGUGACUUCUCCACCAUCAAGCAUCCCUCUGACUGUGACAUCCGGGUCGGCUAUACGGGCCACUACAACAACCUGGACUACAGCAUAUGUGUGGAGCCAGAGUCUGGGUUCUGUGGGAUCCAGUACCAGCAGAUGGGCAAGACCGGCUUCUCCCUCACCAAUGUCACCACCUACAGGGACGACGCCCUUGUCUCUCUCGCCGAGGUAGCUGACUCCGGCUGCAUGUCUGACUACCUGUGGGUGCCAGGAGCUGAGAAUGACCACGGCAGUGACACAUACGAGCGCUUUUGCGGCACCAAGCUAGGCACCGCCAGGAAGUGGGGCACCGUCACUAGCUAUUCCAAACCCUUCACUGUUCGGAUGGUCACGGACGCGGACGAGUUUAGUCUAGUGCAUGACUACAUGAACCGCGGUUUCCAUCUUUCUUAUUCCCAGAUCCCCUGCAAGCUAUCAGGAUAGUGUGUCAGCUGCCACGAUAGUAUUAACACUGUCACGAUAGUAUGCAAACUGUCAGGAUGGAGUGUCAGAUGUCAAGAUAAUGUAUGAGUUAUCCAGAUAGUUUUCAAUCAGUCAGGAUAGUAUGCAAGCCAUCCGGAUAGUGACCAACGUGUCUGAUAAUUCCUUGAUCCACCUUCUAACCAGUGAUGGUACAUCGCCACUGCUAUUACUCCAGAUGGAUGCUAAACUUCGCCUCUCUAAUGACUUUUGGUGGAUUUUUAUGCUGGAUAAUUAAGAAUAUUGAUCUUUUAAAAGGAUUCUAAUUCCACAACAAAUGAGUAGCUGUAACUUUUAUAAUCUAUCUGAACCACAACUCUACAUGUUCUCAGUCUCUUUAUACUCUUCAUCGUUAGUCAGUUUACUAGCUGACCUCAGUUAGACUUACUGAAUUAAGUGUGUGUCAUCAGCCUCAGACUGGCCUGAGUCAGUCACUCAGUCAGCCUCAUCUUAAUGUUGUCCUUUCAAGAUCAAUCUCAUCUCAGAAUCCGCCGUGACUGAAGCAAAUUGAGGGUAUAUGCCAAGCCAGACGAUGUGUCAGCCAAGAUGAAGAUGUGAAGCUAUUAAUGUUGUGGUUAGUUAAAAAUAUCAAUAAGUAUUUUUUUGUGGUAAAUAACCAUAUUGUUCUAGUGGGUGAUAGUAUAGGUAACAUUAAGUAGUGAUGAUAUUAGUGUGAUUGUUAUGUCUAAUAUUACCAGUCAGUUCUGCUCUUAUGUACAGUCAGUAUUAACCUUUAAUAAAAGUAUGCUGUUUGUUAUCCUGUUUUGUCUCGUACAACUUAGUGGUGCCCUACGAAGUGUUGGGAUAUUGCACAGUAAAAUAGUGUACCAUGAUA